UUCCUUGAAUCUCGGUGACGUGGCAAGCACCGAGUAUUCCGUUCUAACUACACUAGCUGCAUCUUCUUCUACAGAAACCAGAUCCGAACCAGUAUCUGUCUUUGUUGCUUCAACUUUUGAGGUUUUCCUGGAGCUUCCGAAUUCCAAUUCCACGACAAAUCUUCACGUCGGGGAGAUGGCUCAACAGAUUAAAGUACUCAAGCCAACAGAAUCCUUUGAUUUUGAGCUUUUCGAAGGAGAUCCCGACCAACUUAGAACAGUUGUUGCCACACCAACUCAGACUAGGCCAUGGAUAAACCCUGACUCAUUGAAACUUAAGCAUAGGAUUGGCCGAGGCCCCUUUGGUGACGUUUGGCUGGCUACUCAUCAUCAGUCAGCUGAUGAUUUUGAAGAGUAUCAUGAAGUUGCUGUUAAGAUGUUGCAUACACUGAAGGAGGAGCACAUGCAAAAGUUUGUACAUAACUUUGAAGGGUUGUUUUUGAAGUGCCGAGAACUUCUAGGUGUAUGUUGGUUGCAUGGUAUCUCUGUUAUAAAUGGAAAGAUCUGCAUUGCUAUGAAAUUUUAUGAAGGGUCUCUGGGUGAUCAAAUGGCUCGGUUGAAAGGAGGCAAGCUUCCAUUGUCUGAUGUCUUGAGGUAUGGGGUUGAGAUAGCUAAAGGGCUUCUUGAUUUGCAUUCAUUGGGGCUGUUGGUGCUCAACCUUAAGCCUUCGAACUUGCUUCUUAAUGAACACGAUCAUCUGGUUCAUGGGGAUUUUGGGAUUCCAUAUCUACUUCUUGGGAUUCCUAUGUCUGACUCAAGUAUGGCUCUUAGGCUUGGCACUCCAAAUUACAUGGCCCCAGAACAGUGGGAACCCGAGGUUAGAGGUCCUUUGUCAUUUGAGACUGAUGUAUGGGGUUUUGGAUGCUGCAUAGUGGAGAUGUUGUCUGGUAUUCAGCCAUGGUUUGGGAAAUCAGUCGAAGAAAUAUAUCAUUCUGUUGUGAUCAAGAAAGAAAAACCACAGAUUCCCAGUGGUCUGCCUCCUGCUGUCGAGAAUGUUAUCAGUGGUUGCUUUGAGUAUGAUUUCAGAAAUCGACCUCUAAUUGCAGAUAUUUUACAGGAAUUUAAAAGCUCACGAAAUGCAGUUAAUAAUGACGGAGGAUGGAUUGGUCUUGAGAGCCACCCACUCAGAGAGAAAACAAAUGGCAGUGGUUACUCUACAUGGUAUCUAGCCAAGGAUAGUCUCAAGGUGGGUGAUACAGUGCGUUCAAGAAAGCCACCAAAUGCACAAAGACCCCAAACCAUGGACAUCUCUGAAGGAAUUGUGGCUGGUUUAGAUGGCGAUGGUGAAAGAAAUGGCUUUGCUCUAGUGAAAGUCCCUGGAAUGCACAAACCUCUAAGAGUACAAGAAUCAACACUAGAGAGGGUCACAUCUGGAUUAGCAGUGGGAGAUUGGGUGUGCUUGAAGGAGAAAAAUAACAAGCAUUCUUCUGUGGGAAUACUACUUGCAGUACAGCGUGACAACACUGUUGCAGUUGGCUUUUUAGGAUUAGAGACAACAUGGAUAGGGAACUCUUCUCAGCUUCAAAUGGCUAAAGCUUAUUAUGUAGGGCAGUUUGUGAGGCUGAAGGCAAAUGUGGUUACUCCUCGGUUUGAAUGGCCACAUAAGAAAGCAGGAGCAUGGGCCAAUGGGAGAAUUUCUGAAGUAUUUCCAAAUGGGUGUCUCCUGGUUGAGUUCCCAGGGAGGCUUGUUUUUGGAAAUGAACCUAACACAUACUUGGCAGAUCCUGCUGAAGUUGAAGAGGUGUCUUUUGAUUCCUGCCCUAAUAUGGUGGAAAAAUAUCAACACCUGGAGGAUUUUCACUGGGCUGUGAGGCCGCUAGCAAUUGCCUUGGGUUUAUUUGUGACCAUAAAGCUUGGUACAUGUGCUGGAAGAAACGUGGCUGCGAGACUAAAGAAAGGUCAUAGGAAUCGUCAGCACAACCAAGGUAGUGGCAACUCCUCUUGGUUGGGGAUCUUUAGAGGUGGUGUUCCUGCUACUGUUGCAUCCAAUAGAUAAUAAGUCUGUCACUAGGUGCGUUUAUUUAAACCUACAAAUAGCUCAUGGUAAUGAUGAAACUACUUCAGCCCCCUGUAAUGAGAGUGUCUGCUCAUGCAUUGAGGUAAUGGUAGCAUGUGUAGCUAUGCUGUUAAAGCAGCAAAACAGAGAUGUCUACAUGUAUAGAAGCCAAAUUGUAAAUAUGUUCUUGGGUCAUUUUCUCUUGGUCAGAUGAAAUUUUUGCGUGGCUUCUUCUUACCGUUCUUAGCUGGAAAAAAGAACUCAAUUCUCCUUUUAAACAGAUAAGCUGCUUAAAGUUCUCCUAGAUGUUUCCCCUUCGACUGGAAGGGCAUAGAUGUUUGUCUAGAAUUCUUUCGAUUUAAUUCGGUUUGGGGAGCCUUUUUGUUUAAUUAUUAUUAUUAUAUAAAUUAAAAGGUUAGUU